UUUACCCUUCAUCCUCCGAUUGAAAGCAGCCAACGACCAGACUUAAGUUUCAAUUCCUUUUUUCUACUUUUCUCACCAACCCCCACGUUUUCCUCUGUCUUUAAAAAUAUUUUGUUUUCUUCGGAGUGCGUGAAUUGGAGUCCACUCGAGAAAUUGGAUCCCACCUAAUUCUAAUUCUCUCUUACCCAAAUGGCAACCUACCUCCAAAGCCCUGCAACUACUGCUGUUCUUCGUAUCAGACGCAGAUUUGCUGGACUUGGUCCGGGUUCUGAAAGCUCCGGAUCCAUUUCCUUCCAUUCUCACCAAUCUCACGGUCUUUCACUCAAAUCUUGUGACACUACUACACCAGCACCAUUGUCUAGAAUAAGUGCAGUAUCAAAGGCAGAGAGUAGUGGGUUUGACCAAAUGGAAGUUGAUAUCUCUCUUAGUCCGAGAGUUAAUUCUGUAAAGCCUUCAAAGACAGUGGCUAUAACUGACCAGGCAACUGCUCUUGCACAAGCUGGUGUCCCAGUGAUCAGGUUAGCUGCUGGAGAACCUGAUUUUGACACACCAGCUGUUAUAGCUCAGGCUGGAAUAAAUGCAAUUCGUGAAGGUUACACGAGGUACACUCCAAAUGCAGGUACUAUUGAACUCCGGUCAGCAAUAUGUAAUAAGCUGAAAGAGGAAAAUGGAAUCUUGUAUACACCAGAUCAAAUUUUGGUUAGCAAUGGAGCUAAACAGAGUAUACUGCAAGCAGUGCUUGCGGUUUGUUCCCCUGGAGAUGAGGUUAUAAUUCCUGCUCCAUAUUGGGUGAGUUACCCAGAAAUUGCAAGGCUCGCAGAUGCAACGCCUGUUAUACUUCCAACACUUAUCUCGGAGAACUUUUUGUUGGACCCAGAACAUCUUGAAUCCAAACUCAGUGAAAAAUCGAGACUUUUGAUUCUUUGUUCUCCAUCCAACCCUACUGGAUCUGUUUAUCCCAAGAAAUUGCUUGAAGAAAUUGCACAGGUUGUGGCAAAGCAUCCCAGGCUUCUGGUGCUAUCGGAUGAAAUAUAUGAACACAUAAUUUAUUCACCAGCAACUCACACUAGCUUUGCUUCUUUGCCAGGCAUGUGGGAGAGAACAUUGACAGUUAAUGGAUUUUCCAAGUCUUUUGCAAUGACUGGUUGGCGACUUGGAUAUCUUGCUGGGCCUAAACACUUUGUUUCAGCAUGUAACAAACUCCAAAGCCAGGUAAAUAACAUCAAUUCCAAAUGGCACCUCUAA